GGGAGCGCGGAGGGGCGCGAGGCGGCGCAUGGCGGACGCGGUGUUGUUCGAGUUCCUGCACACCGAGAUGGUGGCGGAGCUGUGGGCCCCGGACGCAGACCCUGGCUCGGGGUCUGCUGAUCGCAUCACGCCCCAGCACAAGGCGGGUCUUUCAGGAAAGAAGAAGAGCUGGUCAGUCCUGGAGGGCCUGGGCUUCCGCGUGGGCCAGGCUCUGGGUGAGAGGCUGCCCCGGGAGACGCUGGCCGUCAGAGAGGAACUGGAUGCCCUCAAGUUCCUGUGCAAAGACCUGUGGGCAGCCAUGUUCCAAAAGCACAUGGAUGGCCUCCGCACCAACCACCAGGGGACCUAUGUGCUGCAGGACAACAACUUCCCCCUCCUCCUCACCAUGGGCUCAGGGUCUCAGUAUAUAGAGGAAGCGCCCAAGUGGUCCGUGUCCCCCAUCCUAGUUCCUGGCCUUCACCUGCGGCCUUCUGUGCGGCGCCCUCCAUACCCUGGGCUUCCGGAGCCUGGUCACCGCCUCUGUGACUGCCCUGCCUGCCUGUAAGUUCCAGGUGGUGAUGCAGAAGUCCUGAGGACCCCAGGCUUGCCCGGCCCGACCUCAGCCCCAGGACACUGGCACCAUGUCACUGUCUGAGUGGUCACCUCUGCGGUGACCUGUGUGCUGGAGCCAGAGGGUCCCAGGCAGCAGGACAGUCCCGUGACUUCAGAAUGGGCAUGGAGGGGCACUGGGGCAUCACCCAGAUAACAGAUGCUCAAUAAAGGUUCUUUAUGUGGAAA